UAACAUAGAAUGCAAGCAAUAAUAACCCACCUAGCCAAACACAAACCUUAUCACCUAUACAAACAAUACUGCACCUCUCUCUCUCUCUGUGUAAACUCCGAUUGAACAAAAAUGGCAAUUGGGAAGAAGAAGUUGAUGUCAUCGGCGCCAUGGAGGGGCGAAGAGGAAGCCACUGAAGAGUUCCAAGACGCGAAGCUCAAAGUCACAAAGCAGCAGCCUGGAGCCGAGUCAGUGAUGCACGUGCCUCGCAAGAAGAAAGACAAGUCCAAACGCCACGACCAUGACGAUUACGGUGAUGAUUCCCUCGUCGAGAUUGACCCCCAGCUUCGCUACAGCUUUCAACGUAACUACCAGUUUCUUCAACGAGUAUUUAGCAUUGACACCAUUGUGAAACCUCUUCCACCUGCCAUGGCCUACAAUGUUUCCCGCAACUUGAACUUCUUCACUCGCAUUUUCACGCAGUUUUUUGAUCCAAAAGGUAUAGCAAAUGCCCAAAAAUCGUUAGGGAUAGGACAGGAAGAGAAAGCUCGUCGCGUUCGUUGAAAAGAGAUUAA